AGUUAAGCUCUACGGGCGAUAUAAUCGGCGCUGGAACGUCUAUACAUCGCCAAAACCCUCCUAUCCACAAUGGCGCUCGCUCGACCGCUGCCUCCGUUGUGGCAGUCCCUCCUUCCCACCCUCAAUGGCCCGAUCCGACCCGUCAUGAACCUACCGCUGCUCCAGCGCAUUGCGCAACCUUUCCGGCUGCUACCCACCCCGUUCGCUGCGCUCGCGUUCCCAUUCAUAUCGCUACCGUCAUUACCGUCCUUGUCGGACAUAUGGGAGGGCAUACUGAGAGCCGUACCGAAGAAGAAGACUUCACAUCGCAAGAAGAGGCAAAGGUUCAUGGCCGGCAAGGGCAUCAAAGACCUCACCAAUCUUAACAAGUGCUCGGCAUGCGGGAGAGUAAAACGCGCACACCUUCUAUGCCCGUACUGCGUACACCAUAUUCGUACCAAGAUCUUUGGAUCUAUUACUUGGGAGCAGCGAAAUCCCGAUGGACUUAACGAUAAGAUGCGGAAGCGUUUGCGGCUAGAGAGGAAGGAAAUGGAGAGGGAUUACUGGCGCAGGAGGGAACUAAAACCGAACGAUAAGCAGGAGAAGGACAAGUUGGGCAAGUCUCGACGCUGGUGAUUAGAUUCCUCAUGGACACAUGAGGCUCUUGGACAUGUAUGAUCAUCUUUAGUUGUACAACCCUUUAUGUUGGCGAGAGGUUUUCGGGACCUAGGAGGCUUUUCGGCAUGUGCAAGUAUAGUCAGGUGUACAACAUGGGCAAAUGUAUAAUAAUCGUUAAGGCUAUUGAAUUGGUAUGGGUGCGAUGCAAGCUUCGUUGACUUGCUAGGAUUCCGGAUGCAACCAAGGAUGACGCCCGUUUAACUGAUUAUAAACUCCGAAUAGAAAGGUAUUC